CUCCGGGCGGCGGAGUCAGCUACGGACCGGAGAGCGGAGCCGCCGUCUCCCGCGCCCGCCCUGCAUCGCGGCGGGCCCCGGCGUCAGCCAUGGCUAAAGACAUCCUGGGUGAUGCAGGCCUGCACUUUGAUGAGCUGAACAAGCUUCGAGUCUUGGACCCUGAGGUGACUCAGCAGACCACAGAACUCAAGGAGGAAUGCAAGGACUUUGUGGACAAAAUCGGCCAGUUUCAGAAAAUAGUAGGCGGCUUAAUUGAGCUUGUUGACCAACUCGCAAAAGAAGCUGAAAAUGAGAAGAUGAAGGCAAUCGGGGCACGCAACUUGCUCAAAUCCAUAGCAAAGCAAAGGGAGGCCCAACAGCAGCAGCUCCAGGCUCUGAUAGCAGAGAAGAAAAUGCAGCUAGAAAGGUAUCGGGUUGAAUAUGAAGCUUUGUGUAAAGUAGAAGCAGAACAAAAUGAAUUUAUUGACCAAUUUAUUUUUCAGAAAUAAACUGAUUUUUACAGUAAAAACCCUAUUUAAAAAAAAACCCACCAAAAACCCCCCUCAACCCUAUCAUUCCAAUAAACUUGAUGACCACAUGCACAUAUAUGCGAUUUGGGAUCGUAACAAAUAGAACGUCUUCUUGAAAGGCAAUAACAAACCUUUUUUUAGAAUUCUGCCCAGUUGUAGCCAGGUGGCAGUAACCAGGACCUGCCUAUCCAGAAGGCAGGACGGCCGGGCUGACUAUCUUUUGCUGUGGGCUCUCCUGUGUUGUCAGUCUCUGACCUCUAGCCACAUCUGUAAACACCAGUCCUUUUUUGAAGCACCUACCACUUUGAAAUAAGGCAAUAAAUUAUUAUUUCUAGA